UCGGAGCGCUGUCGGGGAGGGGAAGGCGUGAGUGUCUGGAGUGGGGGAUGCUGAAGAAGGGAGCCCGGGAGCCCCGGGAGCCGAGGCAGAAUCGGGGGAGGAUGAGCCCUGGCAGCCCCGACACCCCCUGAGCAUGGCUGAGCAGGAGCCGGGGGAGGGGGCGUCCCCAGGAGCCACGGGACCCCCAAAGGAAGGGCUCUGGAACGGGGGGAAGUGCCGGGAGAGUUUCUUUGGCCUCCUGCUUUACGUUUGGGGAUUUUUCUGGGCACCAGAGCCGCGGUGACCUCUGGAGCUGGAUUUGGGCAGUGGGACCUUCAAAGCCAAGGCACUCACACCUUGUUUUUCCCCAAACCAGGAUUUCUCAUUCCCAAACCUUGGCCAGAUGGAGGAGGAGAAGGCUGUGAGGAAGAGGAAGAUGCCCCAGGACACCCAGGCAGACAAGGAGCUGAGGAUGGAGACCAGGGAGGACAAAACCCUGGGGCAGAACCUGGUGGAAGAGGCCGUUUUGAGCGGCUCCACGGCACAGGAAUCCAAUGGGGAGGAAAAGCCGCGGAGAUCCCUCAGGAGGAGGGGCUCCAAACCCAGCCCAGGGUGCUCUGAGGAGGAAAGACCCACCCUGUGCCAGGAAGGCGGCCAGAGAUGUGGCCAGAGCUCUGAGCUGGUGGUCCAUGAGAAGCUCCAGGAUGGGGAGAAGCCCCACCAGUGCUUGGAGUGUGGGAGGAGUUUCUUCACAAGGUCCCGCCUGCUCCGCCACCAGAUGAUCCACACGGGGGAACGGCCCUACGAGUGUGGGGAGUGUGGGAAAGGCUUCAGAGACACCUCGGAUCUGCUCCGCCACCAGACCGUCCACACCGGGGAGCGUCCCUAUGAAUGUGGGGAGUGUGGGAAGGGCUUCAGUGUCAGCUCCCACCUGACUGUCCACCAGAGGAUCCACACCGGGGCACGGCCCUACGAAUGUGGGGAAUGUGGGAAGAGCUUCAGCAUCAGCUCCAGUUUGAUCCGCCACCGGAUGAUCCACACCGGGGAACGGCCCUACGAGUGUGAGGAAUGUGGGAAGGGCUUCAGGAAGAGCUCCCACCUGGUCAGGCACCAGUUGACCCACACUGGGGUGCGACCCUAUGUGUGUAGGGAAUGUGGGAAGGGCUUCCGUGACAGCACUGACCUGAUCAUCCACCAGUCAUUGCACACCGGGGAAUGUCCCUACAAGUGCUCCGAGUGUGGGAAGAGCUUCAGCCAGCGCUCCAACCUGAUCAUCCACCAGAGGGUCCACAGCGGGGAGAGGCCCUACAAGUGCUCAGAGUGUGGGAAGAGCUUCGCCCAGAGAUCCUACCUGAACAUCCACCGGAAGAUCCACACCAGGGAGACGCCCUACAAGUGCUCACAGUGUGAGAAGAGCUUCAUCUACCGCUCCAGGCUUAUCGCCCACCAGCAGACCCACAGCAUGGAGGGACCCUAACAGUGUCCCCAGUGUGGGCAGAGCUUCACCCAGAGCUCUACCGUGAGCCAACAGCAAGGGAGGGCCCGGUAAGGGAAGCCCUGCGCGUGCCCCGCGUGCGGGAAGAGCUUUGUGCGCUGCCCCAGCUCCAUCCUGCUCUGGAUGAUCCCCAGUGAGCCUCGCUGGGCAGGGACUCGGUGAUCCGUGCUCCUGGUGAUCCGUGCUGGGAAGACACCUGGCUGGUGGUGUCCACAUCUCCCUGGCUCCCUGUGCUCACCUGGGCUCAGCAGGACAAAAAUUGGGAUGCAGAAUGACGUCCGGAACUCAUUGGCAAAAGCGGAUUUUUUUACUUUCGACCUCAAAAAAUCUCUUCUUUUGUGUUCAGUCAUUUCUUGUGAUGAUGUCAAGGAAUAGCGGUUGGUCUUGGAGAUCUUUUCCAACCUCUGUCAUUCCAUGAUUUUAAUUGUCUCUGUCCCUCAGGUACCUUUUACAGCCAGGUGGUGAUGGACCAGGGCAAAACACCAAGAUUUUGGAGACAAUGGAGUGGAAACUCAGCUAACAAAGGUUUUUUCCACCUACGCAGGCCCAUGGAUGCUCACCCAGCAGGGACACCUAAAUCCUGGUAUUCUGGCUUUGUUUUUCUUCCAUUUUCCUUCAUCCCUUCACCCAACAGUUGAAUAAAAAUAAAGAUCUUGAACUAA